AUGAAUUUUAUAUCAAGCGACAAAAGGAACGGGUCUGAUUUUAUUGGUCAGGCUGUUACUGAGCACUCACUCCCGGCCGCUAUCCCACUACUGCCCGAUACGGAGACUUUUGGCUGCUGGGUUUCCCCCCUGGCCCGAUGGCAUGUAACAGUCAGUGCGGACGGUCUUGUGUCGUGUAGUGUUUCUACAAGCAUAUAUCGUGAUUAUAAAGUCAAGAUGUCGGUGAUAAGAGCAAUAGCAGUUUUCUUGUGCGGCUUCCUGUCAUUGAGGUUAAGUAGAGCGCAGAUAAUUAUGACAGGCAACUGCCCGGACAUCAAAUCUAUGAGCAACUUUGAUGCUAGUCGAUACUUGGGCAGGUGGUAUGAAGCGGAGAAGUAUUUCUUCGUCUUCGAAUUUGGUGGGAAAUGCAUCACAGCUGAUUACAAGCAGAAAGAAAAUGGAACGAUAGAAGUCGUCAAUAAACAAAUAGGUAUUAUAUCAGGUCUGCAAUCUCAGAUCAAUGGAUACGUCACUCAAGUGAGCAAAUCCGAUGAAGCCAAACUAGCUGUUUCGUUUCCUUCUUUACCCUAUGACAUUGAAGCGCCAUAUUGGGUGAUAGACACUGACUACGACAGCUAUGCCGUAGUUUGGAGCUGUUAUGAAUUUGGAGUGUUUCAUACAGUGAACGUAUGGAUCCUAACAAGAGAACAAAAUCCACCGGCCUCCGUUUUUUUAAAAGCCUAUUCAAUCCUCGACAAAAACCACAUAAGCAGGGCUUACCUGUUGAAAACUAACCAACGAGACUGUCCAGAAAAAGACGACUGA